AUGGAUUGGGUGAGAGGCGCCGCCAUCGGCCGAGGAAGCUCCGCCGCCGUCCACAUAGCUUUUAACCGUAGCUUCCCGUCGACGACAUUCGCCGUCAAAUCGUCUGCUCACUCCUCUUCGUCACUUCUGCGGCACGAAGCAGACGUACUCGCCAAACUCCAGGGCUGCAACCAAAUAAUCGGCUUCUUUGGUCACGACAUCACCAGUGAUCCUGCUGGCAGCGGCAUCGAUCUCACCUACAACGUAUUCCUCGAAUACGCCGACGGCGGUACUAUCUCCGACGCCAUACAACGCGCCGGCGGCCGCCUACCGGAGUUGACCAUCCGCCGCUACCUCUGCUCCAUUCUCCUCGGUCUUCGUCACAUUCACGACAUGGGAUACGUUCACUGCGACAUCAAACCCCAAAACAUCUUGAUCGCCGGCGAAGAAGCGAGGAUCGCCGACUUUGGACUUGCGAAGAGAGCGGCAGAGGAAUCCCACGUGGAAAUCAGGGGAACGCCGAUGUACUUGGCUCCGGAAUCAGCUGCUAGAAAUGAGUACGAGGCGGCGGCGGAUAUUUGGGCUUUGGGAUGCACUGUGUCGGAAAUGGUUUCCGGCCUGCCGCCGUGGCGUGACGCCGAGGAUUCAGAGAAUGGAGUUUGGGCUUUGAUGUUUCGACUCGGGUUCAGCGAGGAGCUGCCGGAGAUCCCGCCGGAGAUGUCGGAGGAGGGAAAGGAUUUCCUCCGGCGCUGUUUCGUGAAGGAGCCCAGCAGCCGCUGGAGUGCGGAGAUGCUCUUAUCUCACCCAUUCGUCGCCUCCACUUCAGAACUGGAAUUGGAAGAGGAAGCCAUGGCGUGCUCUGUUUCUUCUACAUCUCCGAGAAGUGUGUUGGGUUACUCAUUCGCUAAUCCAAUUCCACCGUCUCCUCCGACGACUUCAGAAAUGCCGGAUUCGUUUCAGUUAGGGUUCGCUGAGGAAGGAGUACUGAGAGUAACGAUCGGCGGAUUGACAUCGGAGGAGCGGCCGGAUUGGACAAGCGCUUCCCCGGAGGAGGAGGAAGCCAUGGCAUGCUCUGUUUCAUACACAUUUCCGAGAAGUGUGUUGGGUCAUUCAUUCGCAAAUUCAAUUCCAUUGUCUCCUCCGAGGACUUCUGAAAUGCCGGAUUCGUUUCAGUUAGCGUUCGCUGAGGAAGAGGUGAGAGAGAGGAUUAGGGGAUUGGCAUCGGAGGAACAGCCGGAUUGGACGAGGACUUCGCCGGAGGAGGACGAAGGGUGGCUUACUGUGAGGUAG